UAGAGGGGGUUUAAGUGGGUUAAGUUCGUUGAAACCUGCACGUGUGCCGCAAGUAUUUUGUUUUCCUCCAAAUGAACUCGACUUAAUUCCCGUAAAAAUUAAGCAAUUAAGCAAUGGGUGCGAAGAACAAACGGGCCAACGCCGAUGCGGUGUAUGCCAAGAAGACGGUCAAGUCCAGCAAUCCCUUCGACAGUGCCACAGCCCAAUCGGCGAAGCGACAGAAUCCAUUCGAUGUUCAUGUGAAUAAGGAGAAGUUCAAGAUCUUGGGACGCAUCUGCAAGCAUGACCGGGGCAUGCCAGGCGUGGCGCGCUCUAAGGCGCUGCAGAAGCGCACCCAGACGCUGGGCCAACAGUUCGCUGUGAAGCACAAGACGAACAAAUUCAAGGAUAACCGGAUUGGCAGGCACCUGAGCGGCGACCAGCUGACGGAAUCGGUGAUGAAUGCUCGCUACCUGGCCGAGAAGAUGUCCCAAGUGCGUACGUCGCAGAAGGCCCAAAAGUUUAAUCUCAACGACGACGAGCUGCUGACGCACAGGGGACAGACGCUGGAGGAGAUUGAGCAGUACCGCGACGAGCGUUCCGACGACGAAGAGCUGGACGACGAGGCUCUGGAUGCCGACUUUACAUCUGCCGCCCAUUUCGGUGGCGAUGAUAAUGAGACCAGCCCGCAUGAUCGUCAGGUGGCCAUCGACGAGAUGAUUGCCGAGCAGAAGCGUCGCAAGAACGAAAUCGACAAGGAGAAGAAUGAGGUAUACGACCUCACGGAAAAACUAGAUGCCAACUACAAGCUGCUGCUGCCGCUGGUGGCCAAGGCCACCAAGGAUGAGCAGGAGGCAAAGCCCCCGGCGGAUGGCUAUGACAAGCUGCUGAAGGAAAUGAUAUUCGAGCCGCGCGGCAGCGUCACAGACAAGCUGAUCAAUCCCGUCGAGCUGGCCAAGCAGGAGGCGGAGCGUCUCGAGAAGCUGGAGAACGAGCGAUUGCGUCGCAUGCGAGCGGAGGGCGAGGAGGACCCGGCGGCCAGUGCACAGCCCAAACAUCGAUCAGCGGAUGACUUGGAUGAUGGAUAUUUUGUGGCCGGUGGGGAGGACGACGGCGACGACACCCUGGCCUACGAUCUGGACGGCAAUUUGGGCACGCACCUGAAUGGCAAGGCGCCGGCAAAGGAGGCCAGCGGAGACGAAGAUGAGGAGGCGGACGGUGAUGAUCAUGGCGAAGAGGAGGAGUCGGAGGACGACAGUGAGUCUGAGGCGGAGAACUACAGUGAUCUGGACGAGUCUGAGGCUGAAUCCGAGACAGAGGAAGCCUCCGCUGAGCCCACCAAAAAGAAGCCCAAAAAAGAAAAGCCGAAGGCACCGGCAACCACCGAGGACUCUAGCAUACCCUUCACCAUUAAAAUGCCCAAGACCUACGAGGACUUCACGGAGCUGCUCUCCAGGCACGCUGUUGCCCAGCAGGCCACCAUUGUGGAGCGGAUCAUCAAGUGCAAUGACCCCAAGCUGGAUGGCGUCAAUCGCGAGAAUGUGGUCAAGCUCUACUGCUUCCUGCUGCAGUACUUGAAGGAUCUGUUUGAGGAUGCCAGCGAGCAGGACAUCCGGGAGCACUUCCAGCUACUCUCGCGCCUCAUGCCCCACCUGUACACGCUCACCCAGAUGAACCCCGAGCGCAUGUCCAGCGCCCUGCUGGACGUGAUCAAGGAGAAGUUCGGGGACCACCGGAAGAACAGCAAGACAUAUCCCACGCUGGACACACUCAUCUACUUCAAGCUGGUCUCCAAUGUGUAUUCGACCUCCGACUUUCGCCAUCCCGUGGCCACGCCCACGUACGUCUUCAUGGAGCACAUCCUGUCCAGGGCGCGGGUUCGAACGCGUCAGGACAUUGCCAUGGGCCUGUUUGUGGUGGCCAUUGCCUUGGAAUUCGGCGCCCAGUCGAAGCGUUUCCUGCCCUCCGUGUUCAACUUCCUCGAGGGCAUCCUCUACAUCGCGAUACCCAAGCGAGACGCCGACGAACUGGUGGUAACGCCCCCCUUCGACCUGGAGGGACCCUUUAGCAAGCUGUUGGCCCUUCCGGCCACGGCAGAGAGCAAGGCGUUGGAGCAGCAGAAGCUCCAGGCCGCCGAUCUGGUCACUCACACAAUCACCCUGGACUUUAAGGUGCGCGCCCUGGACACAGCGCUGUGCCUGAUCCAGGAGGCGUUGCAGAUGGUGGGGGAACACACGGGUGCCUGCUAUCUGGCCAGUCCGUUCAUUCCCCUGCUCGCCCGCCUGCGCCUCAAGCCAUAUCCCGAGCAUGUGCACCAGCACCACAGGGAGGUCAGCCAGCUGGCGAAACAGUUGGCCGAGCAGAAAAUGAAGCCCGUGGCUCUUGCAGAGAGGAAGCCCAAGGCCCUGCGCAUGCUGGAGCCGCGAUUCGAGACCGUCUACGAUGACAAGCGGCGACCCAAGAUGUCCAAGGAGAAGGAGGAGCGCGCCAAGUUGCUGCACAAGAUCAAGCGGGAAAAGAAGGGCGCCAUCCGGGAGAUUCGUCGCGACACGGCCUUCGUGCAGGAGCUCAAGCUCAAGCAGCAGCUGCAAAGCGACAAGGAGCGGCACGAGAAGGUCAAGCGCAUCUACCAGGAGGCCUCCAUGCAGCAGGGCGAGCUCAACGAGCUGGCCCGCUCGAAGAAGCGCAAAAAGUAGGGGAGGACCAGUAGCCAAUGACUGGAGCAAAGUGUUUUUUACUAUCAGGAAAUCUUCUGCGGCUCUGUCUACCGCAGACAGACCUUCGAUAUUGUACAGAAUCAUGCGAAUUAUGGUAGCCUAUAAAUAAUAUAAACAAA